GACGUGACCAAUCAGCAGUGAGGCUGGUCAGAUAGCAGUGUGUUCAGAGAGAGAGGAGUGUGUUCAGCAGAGAGAGACUGAAGCGACCCCUGGAACACGAUGGACGACUACAACCUUCCCUUCUGGAUCUACCUGGCCGUGGUGACGGUGUUUGUGGGCGGGGCCAUGAAGAAGAUCCUGGCGUCCCACCUGAGCGCGGGGCCCACUCUGGUGGCCUGGCUGGGGGCCACGGUUCUGGUGGAGCGGCUGUGGGCGUUCUGCCUGCCGGCCGUGCUGCUGCUGGUUCUGCUGGCCGUCGUCUGCUAUGUCCGCUCCGGGACCGGCCCGCCGCCCGGCCCGCCCGCGGAGGGCAAGGCCGUCUUCAUCACAGGCUGCGACACCGGCUUUGGGAACGCUGCAGCGAAGCAUCUGGACUCUCUCGGUCUGGACGUUUUUGCCACCGUUCUGGACCUGACGGGAGACGGAGCCAGAGCUCUGCGGAGAAGCUGCUCAUCCCGCCUCACCCUGUUGCAGGUGGACAUCACGCAGCCGCAGCAGGUGCAGCAGGCGCUGCUGGACACCAAGGCCAAGCUGGGCCUCCGAGGUCUGUGGGGUUUGGUCAACAACGCAGGAGUGUGUGUGAACUUGGGAGACGCAGAGCUGUCCUUGAUGUCCAACUUCAGAGGCUGCAUGGAGGUCAACUUCUUCGGCACGGUGAGCGUAACCAAGAGCUUCCUGCCGCUGCUACGACAGGCCAAAGGUCGCAUCGUCAACAUCUCCAGCCCAGCCGGUGACCAGCCGUUCCCCUGCCUGGCGGCGUACGGAGCGUCCAAGGCGGCGCUGAACCUGUUCACUGAAACCCUGAGACAUGAGCUGGUUCCCUGGGGGGUCAAAGUGAGCACCAUCCUGCCGUCCUCAUAUAAGACAGCUCCCUCCAGCAACAACGCCUACUGGGAGCAGCAGCACCAGCAGCUCCUCCAGAGUCUGCCUCCGGCACUGAUGGAGGAAUACGGCGAGGACUACAUCGCCGAGACCAAGAACCUGUUCCAGAGCUUCGCCGAGCACGCCAACCCAGACCUCAGUCCUGUGGUGAACGCCAUCGUCCAUGCGCUGCUGUCGCCGCAGCCGCAGCUGCGCUACUUCGCCGGGCCCGGCAUCGGCCUCAUGUACUUCAUUCACAGCUACUGCCCACUCAGCAUCAGCAACUGCUUCCUGCAGAAAUUGUUUGUGAAGAAGACACUGAUGCCACGCGCGUUAAGGAAGCAGUCGGGUCUGGAGGCAAACCUCGGCCUCAGCAACAACAAUAACAACGAGGAGAAGCUGCAGCCGUUGUAAGGAGUAGAGGACCACUCCAGUAACACUCAGAGCCAGACCCCUCCUGUUUGUUCUGUAACUGUUUGACUCCGCCCACCUAGGAGACUACUCACCUGGAAGUCAGGGGGCGGAGCCUGUUAGACGUAGCAGCACGAGUUGAUCAGAGAACCUCAUCAGGUUUGCUCUGUGUGCCUUCAUCACUGAGAGUGCAGAAGCCUUAUGCCACACAUGGACCAAAGGGGGCGCUCACGUAAAUCAUUCAGUCACCGGUUCCUUAGACUCCACCCGGUUGGCAUGCCUGAACUCCUAAAGUGAGCGCUCUCAAACAAGCUACUGCCUGACAGUCAGCCUCUCUGUUUUACCUCAUCACACUCCUCUGAAAGGACGUGGCCAAUCACUUCAAAAUAAAAGUCCCCAUACGAUAGAAGACAUUGGUGAUAUCAAGCCUCAGUCCUUCUGCAUUAAAGCUGCUGUACCUGUAGCACAUUGCCACAGCCUAAGGCACAUAUUUAAUGAAAAAUAUCUAUUUAAUCAGACACAUGCUCCAGAUUUUAUAACAGAAUGUGUUCCCAGAGGGAGAAGACCCUAACC